UUGGAAUUUUUCGGAAAUUUUCUGUUUGAUGUGAAGAGUUUGUGGCGAUUUUUCGGAUCGGUGCGCGCUGGGUUAAUUAAUAAUGUCCUACAACAAUUCGCCGCCUGAUCACCAGGAUAUGUUCCAGUACGGAUAUGCUAAUCACAAUUAUCAUUACAUGUCAGACAGCGGCAACGCCAACGCCACCGACGACACCACCUUCUGGUCGAACAGCCCCACCAGGUCCGAUUCACCAUCGCCCAGCAUGCUGCAAAAUCCUCUAGCAGGAACUUACCAAAUCUACACCCAAGUGGGCUGCUCCACUAACAGAUUCUCACCUUACAGGACUAGUUAUCAAAGCAUAAGCGCAGAUUCGAAUUUACCGGCUCCCGGGCAAUUUGUGCGCGUGGUGAAACGAAGAACAACAGCUAAUAAAAAAGAACGCCGUCGAACACAAUCGAUAAAUAUGGCGUACGCGGACUUGAGAGAUUGCAUACCGAACGUCCCUGCAGACACGAAACUAUCGAAGAUAAAAACCCUAAGGCUGGCCACCUCCUACAUAGCCUAUUUGACGCGAGCUUUGGAGACCGACGAUCCCGCGGGCGGCUUCAAAGCCGAGCUCGGCGCGAUAUCCAGGAAAUCCAGCCAUCCGGUGCAAGCGAACGGCUGCACCGCCGGGCGGGUGUCGCCCAAGAGCGUCAGCUCGGAAGAACUGAACAGCUCCAGGAAGGCGAAAGGACGCACGGGUUGGCCCCAGCACGUGUGGGCGCUGGAGCUCAAACAGGAACAGGCCCUCUAACGUCGAGCUUUACGGGACCUUCAAAGAAUCGAAAUUUCAACAUGUGUCGUUUUAUGGGCUUUAAAAAGCUGUUGUUUCGAUUUUUUUUGCUGGUGGAAAUUCGCCCGGAUGGAUCAAUUUCG